CAAUGAAACGCCGACUUACAAUUAUUAAUUUCACUCUGUUGUUGUUUGUUUUUCCAAAAUCAAAUGUGUUCUCAAAAUAUUUAAACUUACGACAUAAGUAUUAUUUAAUGAAUAUUUUAUUGAAUACAUUACGUUUAUUUUAUUGGAUUUUUUUUUAUUUGCUGCGUAGUGAAUCAUUACUCCUUUCUAAACAAUCCGGCUUGGCUUGCUCUAUACACUAACAACGAAGUUAUAUCGACCGAUCUUUUUUAUUUGAAGAACGGGAUUAAAAAACAACAUGACUGCAUUUUUGCCACCAAAUUUGUUGGCUUUAUUCGCCGCAAGAGACCCUAUACAGUAUCUACCACCAGUAGCCAAAUUAGGUUCCGAAAAGAAACGUGUGCCGUAUCAAGGAGUUUCGAUAUUCCUAAAGGAAUUUGAGGAUCCAAAGGACACUCCACCUCCGACUCGAGUAGAAACUAAAGAUGAACGGAAGGAGAGAAAGAGAAAGGAGAGAGCUGAACAGAUUGCGUAUAAGCUGGAACAAGACUUAGCCCUAUGGGACCCUAGCAAUGCAGCCACAGCCACAGGAGAUCCAUACAAGACACUUUUCGUGGCACGAAUUAACUAUGAUACAAGUGAAUCCAAGCUACGCAGAGAAUUUGAAGUGUAUGGACCCAUCAGAAAGAUUUCACUGUUGUCAGACAAAUCUUCAGGAAAACCAAGAGGAUAUGCAUUCAUUGAGUUUGAACAUGAAAGGGACAUGCACUCGGCAUACAAACACGCAGACGGUAAGAAAAUUGAUGGAAGACGUGUUCUGGUGGAUGUCGAGAGAGGGAGGACUGUCAAGGGCUGGAGACCGAGAAGAUUAGGAGGUGGACUGGGUGGAACAAGGAAAGGUGGACCAGAUGAAAAUACUCGAUUUUCUGGACGAGACGAGUUCAGUAGCUCAUACCGUGACAGAACAGGUCGAGAGGAAUCUCCUGGAAGAGACCGUCGCCGAGGCCGUAGUCGCAGUCGAGAACGACGAAGAAGUCGCAGCAGAGAGAGAAGGAGGAGCAGAAGCCGUGAGAGAGAACGCCCCAGGAGAGAGGAAGUAGUGGAAGAGAAAGAAAGAAAAAGAAGCAGAAGAAGUCGAUCAAGAGAGAGGAAAAGGAGCCGUUCCCGCGAGAGGAAACGCACCAGAAGAAGCCGCAGUCGAGAUCGCAAGCGUGACCGUGAAAACAAGAGAGAGGAAGGCGAUGGUGAUGGUGAGCAAGACUACGGGGAGGACGGUGUCCCGAUUGUUAAAGAGGAAGACGUUGAUACCUACACUGGAUACGGAGGAUACAACCCUGAUGACCAGAAUGGGGAGGAGGAGGAGCAGCAGAGAAAUGAGGAGUAUGAGGGGUGAAGCACCUCAUCUGUUCAAUAAAUACACACAGUUUUUACCCGUCAGUUUAGAGAAUUUCAUCAGUGUCAUUUUUGAUUUUUAAAUCUUGCAACAUUCAGUUAUUUCGUUAUUUGUCCUUACAUGUUGACAUGUAAAUGAAUAAGUUAAUAUGUUGUAAGCCUUGCUUUUCAAAUUGUUUUGAUUAUCCCACUGCUCACCAAUCAGAAUACUUCCUUUUGUGAUAAAAUUAUCGAUGUUGUAAUUAUUGUUGUCAACUGAAGGAAGAAAAGCAACAACUAAGUAAAGCAGUGAUGCUCAUGGAGCAAUAUGAAUGAAUUUAUGAAGUGAACGUUAUGUGCUUGAAUAAAUGUGGAGUCAAAA